AGAGAGAGAGAGAGAGAGAGAGAGAGAGAGAGAGAGAGAGCAGCUAUUGAUGGAGUACAAGCACUUCAGCCAUCCACAUGCCCUGAAACUCGAACAGAUCCAGAACCACGAAGGAUCAGCUGGUUUUGUCUGCUCGGGCUGUGAAUCCGCCAUUGCAGGACCUGCAUACACUUGUUCUUCCCAAGGAUGCAGCUUUUCCCUUCACCAGCAAUGCGGUAACGCAGCGCGUGGGAUGCAACACCCUUCCCACGCGCUUCAUCACCUCACCCUCGUUCCGUACACCACUUACAGUGCAGGUACCUUCCUCUGCAACGCGUGUGGCAGCCAUGGAGGAAAAGGGUUUUCCUACUGUUGCCCUUUAUGCGACUUCGACCUCCAUGGCCGGUGCGCUCUCCUGCCUCAGGUCACGGCCCACCAUUCUCAUCCUCUGCACAAUCUUGUUCUUGUCUUCAACAGCGUUCCUGCCAUGGCGUUUACUCAGUUCGGUCUGGGAAACCAGUUGGUAUGCAAUCUCUGCAAUCAACUCAUGGACAGUAGGCUUUGGUCGUAUAACUGUUAUGCUUGUAACUUUCAUAUACACGCUUCUUGUGCUCUGAAUGGGCCGCCGAAGUUAGAGACGGGCACAGAGGGAUCAGGAUCUGUUGUUGCUUAUGAAACAAGCAAGAAGAGCGAGAUGACUCAGGAGCCGAGAUCUUCACCUGGUGAAGAUGCUUCUGAAACAACAGAUAUCGAAGCAAAGACCGAACCUGGAACUGAAUCUGGAGCGGCCCAGAUUCAACCCGGGACGACAUCUCAAGCGGAAGAUCUAGCUCUGAGACGUCGGCUUGAACUGGAACAGCUCAAGCUGCAGAUGCAAAUGAGCAGUGCACUUGCAAAUAUGAUGGGUUCUUUCAAUCUCAGUUCUUUUGUCUGAAGGGUUCGAGAAUAUCGUAUCUG